AUCCAUCCAUCCAUCGAUCCUUCUUUGSAUGGAGCYCCUCAUAUGAGAAGUUUAUAUAGGUAUAAUGGCAGCCUUCCCGCUAAGCACCUACCAGCUAUGGCUACAGAUGGAACCAGUAGAAUGGCAUUGGUGCYAUUGUUGGGGUAGUAAUUGUGAUCUCACGUAUACCAAUGUGGGCCUCUCUUCUAAUAACGUUCCAACUGUUUAGCUAGUGUGGUUUUYCCAAGCGUCCUCUACCAUGGCUUCUCAUAUACAACAAUAUAAAACACAAGAUACAUUUCUCACAUUCUCCUCGAUCUUGCUUUCCAUAAAAACUUCCCCACGAGUACUUCACGUGGUCCACCGGUUGAAGAAUAUACAUCAAAACGAAGGGAGAGUAACAACAGAUUUAUGUAGGCCCUAGUCAGUAAAACUAGCUCAGUGUCGGCAUAGGCAAUCAAGAACUUAGUAUUACACUUAACUCAUAUAAGAGUUCAAGUAUGUCCUACCGUGAGUGCCGCUUUCAUUUUACAUCAUGGAAAAGUAGAAAAUACGAAAUAGUAAGCACUACUAACACUAGUUGAAAACCCAUCAGAAUCAGUUGAAUCUCAUUAAGAAAGGCUUAUUGGUAAUGCUAAGAGUAUUGUAUCUGUAGCAGAGGCCGACUUUGAGCAAUUUAGCUAAAUUUGUAAGCCUAUCACACUAGAUUCAAGAUGAUUGCUCUCAAUCUCUUCUAGUCUAUUGUCCAUUCAAGUAAGCGCUGAGRCUAAAUUUAAUACUAAGUUGUGGUUUUGUUUCAGUGCGAAACAGUUGUUCAAGCGUCUCAGACAUUCCCACGCGGUACAUAGGCGUUUUUUAAUAUUGAUUCUUCAUUUGUUUUUCGUUUCUACUUUGUUUUGUGGAAAUUAUGUCACUUUUGCGCGCUUUAGCUGUCAACUCGCUCUUAUCAUUUGCGUUUCUGUUUUGCUUCGUGUACUGUGUACAUUUUGAAAAAUAUUGGACAACAACAACCACMACCGUCAAGCCGUGGCACAUACGCCAGCCGGGCCUAUCACUGCCGCUGCCCCACAGUCACCCGUCUAAGUGUUCGCGUGAAGUGCCCGCGGUAUUCUUCCAGUUCGAGAAGGACGUGCAAGUGGUGGGCAAYAGYACAAACAGUAUUUAUUUCAAUAUCAUAGAGGAGUGCUGCAAGGGUUAUAAGCGCUACGACUUCGACUGGAACCGCUGCGUGCCGGAUUGYGGCAACAAAUGUCAGGCCAAUGGAUUUUGCUUGGAUGGCGGCAUUUGCAAAUGUUUUGACGAAUUCGUGCACAAUCAUCGCAAUGUCUGCAUACCGACUUGUCCGCUUGGCUGUCCACACGGUCAGUGUUACUUGAAUGGCACUUGUAUUUGCGAUGCGGGCUACGAGUUGGAUCCGACACGAAAGUAYUGCACGCCGCGCUGUGAGUCCAGUUGUGCACGCAAUGAGAUCUGCGUCGAGCCGAAUAAGUGCGAUUGUGCCGAGGGAUAUACGCGUGCGCUGCCACCCAGCACCAUGGGCUGUCAGCCCAUUUGCAUACCGGAUUGUGGUUUUGGGCAUUGCGUGUCGCCAAAUCAGUGCGAGUGCUUCCGUGGCUAUCAAAAGCGCGAGAACCGCACCUCUUGUGAGAGUAACUGUUACAUGCGCUGCGAAAAUGGCUUCUGUGYGAAUCACACCACYUGUAUUUGUCAGAAYGGUUACCGCUACGACCRSAAUACGAGCUCUUGCCUUCCCAUUUGUAGCGAAGACUGCGAAAACGGCAUUUGCAUCUCGCCGGGCGUAUGCCGCUGCUUCAAUGGUUAUGUGCGUCGCGGUCCAAAGUGCGAUGGUGUAUGCGAGGAAGGCUGUGGCUUUUAUGGCAAGUGCAUAGCACCGAACGUUUGCGGUUGUUCUCUUAUUGAGGGUCCCGUGCGCAACUUUCAACGCUGUGCACAUGGAAAUUGCAAUUCCAAAGGUCGUUGUCGUUGCAAGGAGGGCUUCGUACGUUUCAUCGAUCAAUGCAUGGAGCCAGAUAAGGUGACCACUUAUGCAUCUAUGCGGCCCAGCCGACUGAAUCAGACACUGUUGCUAGAGUUCAAUAUGCUGAUCGGCAGACAUUUCAUGUUUCCUUUUCAAAUUCCGCUCAUUUAUUGAGAGCGAUACUUUGUACUUUGGGUUUAUGUAAAAUAUARAAUUUAUAGCUACUUCCUUAUUCUAAA